AUGCUCCUCCCCAGAUCCCUCCGGGCCAACGCCUCAGACACCAUCAUCAUCAACAGCAUCCCCUUCAACCGCUCCGUCCUCUCCCACUACAACUACACCCUCUACCCAAACGGCACCCUCUCCAACGUCUCCGACUGCUACCUCGUCUUCGGCGACUACCGGCCCACCAUGUCCAACCACUCCUCCCUCAACAGCACCAUCUGGGACGGCACCAUCCUCAACGGCACGACCUGCUACGCCCCCAUCCGCAGGCUGGGCCCCCACGCCUCCCUCGGCAUGGUUUUCGCCCUGCUCUUCGCAGUCACCUUCAUCUUCACCAUGGGCAAUCUGCGGAAACACGGCCGUCGGCUGCUCUCGCCGCUGAACAGGCGGUAUGCGUCUAGUGGCCCCGGAAGACGGUUCAAGUGGUUCUGGAUGCUGCUCGUCGCGGUUUGCGGGGUUGUCGCUUGUUUCAUGGGCAUCGACGUUGACCGGGACUAUCUGCAGACGACCCCGUUGAUGUUGCAGGGGCUGUUUUAUACGUCGUUGACACCGGCUCUGAUGGCGGUUGUUUGGGAGGGGGGUCGUCAUUGGGCCUCAACACAAGAACGCCUCUCCAACGCCUCAAACCCCCGAUACACCCCAAGCUCCCACCUCCCCACGAAACAGGCAUUCUGGCUUCCAUUCCUCUUCUACUUCCUCGCCCUGCUCACCUUCUUCCUCACCGUCCCCCGGGAAUGGAGCCCCAUUCUCCGCCAGAAUAGUCCGCAGCAGCAAAUACUGCUCUCCAAGCCCCUCGCCACGGAUACCAGGUUCAAGGCGUCGGGUUUCACGGCUCUAGCGGGUGUAUUGGUUAUUUGCUAUGGUCUGUUGAAUAGUGUCUACCGACAGAUUCCUGCUGCGGUGGUACCGGGAACCGAGACAGAACACUGGGAAGAAGAAAAACACCAACAACCCCCCGCAAAGAAACGAUAUAGAUUUCCACCGUCCCAAUUUCUCCUCGCCAUCCUCCUCCUCACCGUGAAAAUAGCCUACGCCAUCGCUUCUGCGUUCAACUGGUCCAUUUCACCCUUGCGCUACGGCGUACACCCAGCCUACCUCUUCGGCCUGGGCUACACACCCGCGCUACUCAUCCUGAUCCUAUUCAACAUCUGUGGCUGGUGCGAGGUGAAUGAAGAUAAACUCGUCCUUGCACGACGCAGGAUCGAUAAUUACGGGUAUGAUCAUCGGUCUAGUGGGAAGAAGAGGAGUUAUUUUAGGGAUAAGGGGGUUUCUGAGGAUGCAGGUGUAUACUACGGGGGUGGUCAUCCGGUUGCUGGUGUUCACAUGGAUAGUCUUGGACACAGCCACAGUGGUACUACAGGCGCAAAUACUGAUCAGGAGGACCUGGAUCGUUACGUCGAGAUGGGCAUUUUGUCUCAUUCUCAUUCGCAUGCGAACGGAAAUGGUCAUCAUGAUGAUGACCACCACCAUGACCGUUCCCAAGGAGAUGACCGCUCCCCAGAAAGUGAAUGGGACACGCCCUACCCUCCCAACGAUCAACAUGGUCAUCACGAUCAGGAGGAAUACUGGGAUCAUGCUUCCGGUUCUUCACAUGGGAGCUGGUCGGAGACGUUGCAGGGUCAUUCGUCUGACAGUACGGCGUGGUGA